GAAGAUGAAAGGUGUCUCUCACUACUAAACCCUAAACCUAGUACCUCUCUCUCUUCCUCAAUCUCUCCUCCACCUUCUCCUCUCGGAACAAAACAUGUCGACUCCUUGUCUAACCGAAGAGACAGCAAAACUGGUUCUCCGACAGGUGGAGUUCUACUUCAGUGAUAGUAAUCUCCCCAUUGAUGAUUUCCUCAAAAAGACAGUUACACAGAGUGAAGAUGGAUUGGUUAGUUUGGGGUUGAUAUGUUCGUUUAGUAAGAUGAGAGGCUAUUUGAAGUUGGGUGAUUCUAAAGGAGAUGAUGUUCCUGAAGAUACCAUCAAAGCUGUUGCUGAUACUCUCCGAACCUCCUCUGCUCUCAAGGUUUCAGAUGAUGGGCAAAGAGUUGGGAGGAGUACAGAGUUGUUGAAGCUAGAGGAUUUGAUUGAACAGCUUAAUGCUAGAACUGUAGCUGCUUCACCGUUCUCUUAUGAUGUUAAAAGAGAAGAUGUCGAAGCCUUUUUCAGUCAGUAUGGAAAGGUUAAUAGUGUGAGGAUGCCACGUCAUGUAGCGGAGACGAGAGUGUUUUGUGGCGUUGCCUUGGUUGAGUUCCCUACAGAAGAGGAAGCACAAAAUGUUAUGAAACAAAACUUGGUCUUUGCUGGUCUCGACUUGGAGAUGAAACCAAAGAAAGAGUUUGAUGAAGAUAGGGAGAAAGAUGAAGAAAAGUUUGCUAAUUACCGUUCUCAAAAGGGCUCUGCUAAUCAGAAGAAUGUUUCUGAUCAUAAGAACGGUUCUGAGCAUGAGGCAGAUUAUCCCAAGGGUUUGAUCAUUUCAUUCACUCUAAAGCGCUCAGCUGAAGAUUCCACCACGGAACAAAAGAGUUCCGAGGAGGCAACUGAUAAGACAAUGGAUGAAAAUGAAUCAAAGCCAGCAGAUAAUCCUGAUGCGGAUAAAGAAAACACUGACCAGGUUCAAGGCCAAGGAACAGAGGGUGAAGAUGAUGACGAGGGUGAGAGAGAAGAGAAGGGUGGUGCUCUAGCUACCCAUAAAGAUAAUAAAGACGUUGUCUUACGUGAAGAUCUCAAGGCCGUUUUUGGAAAAUUUGGUGAUGUCAAGUUUGUGGAUUUCAGAAUGGGAGCUGAGACGGGUUACCUUAGGUUUGAUGAACCAGAAGCGUCCCAGAAGGCUCGUGCAGCAGCAGUGCUAGCUAAAGAAGGUGGACUAGCUGUGAAGAACUUUAUAGCUGUCCUAGAACCACUUACUGGCGAAGCUGAGAAGGAGUACUGGGGUCAUCUUCGCAGCAAAGAUCGUUUUGACAAAGGUGGCCGUGGAGGAAGGGGAGGAAGACGAGGAGGGAGAUUUGGGAGAAAGAGGGGAUCUGAUUCUCCAGGUGGUCGCUGGAACAAAUCUCAGAAGACACUAGCUUUGGGGUAUGUUGUGUUUUUGUUACUUAGUAUGAAGAGUGAGAUGAAAGCACCCAAUGUUACACAAGAAGGAAACAAGAAAGGGAGUCAUGGGAGGACAUGUGGACCGGCAAGACGAUCUACCAAAGGACAAUGGACGGCUGAAGAGGACGAAGUCUUGUGCAAAGCUGUCGAGCGUUUUCAAGGAAAGAACUGGAAGAAGAUUGCUGAAUGUUUUAAAGAUCGGACUGAUGUCCAGUGUCUUCAUAGAUGGCAAAAAGUCCUGAACCCAGAGCUUGUGAAAGGGCCGUGGUCAAAAGAGGAGGAUGACACAAUAAUUGCUCUGGUAGAAAAAUAUGGGCCAACGAAAUGGUCUACUAUUUCUCAGCAAUUACCUGGGCGCAUAGGAAAGCAAUGUAGGGAAAGGUGGCAUAACCAUCUUAACCCUGGCAUUAAUAAAAAUGCAUGGACCCAGGAAGAGGAACUUACUCUAAUUCGUGCACAUCAAAUUUAUGGGAAUAAAUGGGCAGAGCUAACUAAAUUUUUGCCAGGAAGGUCAGACAAUUCAAUAAAAAAUCACUGGAACAGCGCAGUUAAGAAGAAACUGGAUUCCUACUACGCAUCAGGUCUUUUAGAUCAGAGUCAAAGCUCGCCAGUCAUUUCCCUCCAGAACAAUUCCAUAGCUUCAUCUUCCUCGAGGAUGCACAGCAGUGGAGAUGAAGGUAAUUUCAGGCAAGGAGCUGAUGCUGAAGAAUCAGAAUGCAGCCAGGCUUCAACUGUUUUCAGUUGUUCACAGUCGACCAAUGAUUUGCUAGACGAGGUUAAACCUGCAAAAGAGGAAUUCUACAUUCCUGAGUUGCCUUCAGGAACAGAGAAGCAAAUCUCAAACUCUCCAUCUCAUGCAGAAUCGCAGUACCCUUCUUUUGAAGAUGUCAAAAUUGUUGUCCCUGAAAUUUCUUGUGAAGCAGAAUCCUCAAAGGAGUAUCAUAAUGAGUUGACCGAGGUUAGAACUACCACAGCUACAGAGGAUCACUUGCAGGGUGUAUCUAAUAAUGAUAAACAGGACCUUGAUCUAGACUGUCCUCAGUUAUUGACUCAUAACAUGGAGGGAGUUGAAAAAAAUGAAGCAUGCCAAGCAUUUCAAAAUUCAGUUAGAUUAGGUGAUCAACCUUCUAUGCCAAACUCGGACACAGGUAUGCAUCCACAACCUCAAACUUUGAUCACGGACGAGGAGUGCUGUAGGGUUCUUUUUCCUACAGAAGAUAAUGGUAUAUCUUCUGGUGAGCAAGUUCAGAACUUGGUCGACCCUCAAAAGGGCAAAGGAUCUAUUCCAGCUUCGGAAACUGAAGAUUGUCACCUUCUUAAAGCCACUGCAUUAGAACUUAAAGUGGAUUCAAAUGAUGGUUUCAUCGACACUAGUGGACAUGUAACUUCCCAUGGCAAUGAUCAUAAUGAUGGUAUCCAAGAACAGCAGGAGCUGCCAUAUAUUCCCAAGGAUUCUUUGAAGCUAGUCCAUCUGAAUAAUUUUACUUCUCCUUCUAGAGUGAAUAAGAUUCAUUUUCCUGUUGACGUUAAGCCAGCUGAAAAAGAUAAAGGAUCUCUUUGCUAUGAACCUCCACGGUUCCCAAGUGCAGAUAUUCCUUUCUUCAGCUGUGAUCUUGUACCAUCAAAUAGUGACUUAAGGCAAGAGUACAGUCCCUUUGGUAUCCGCCAGUUGAUGAUGAAUUGUACAACUCCGUUGAGGCUAUGGGAUUCACCUAGUCAGAAUAAGAGCCCUGAUGUCAAGCUUAAAGAUGCUGCCAAAAGUUUCAGCGGUACACCAUCCAUCUUGAAGAAGCGGCAUUGGGAGUUGAUGUCACCUGUGCUUGAUAGGAGAAAAGAAAAAUUGCUGAAAAGUGCUGAGGCUUCCUCCUUGGCUAAAGAUUUUUCACGCUUAGAUGUUAUGCUUCAUGAUAAAAUUGAAUAUGUCUCAUCUUCCGAACCUAACAAGGAUCCAAAGGAAACCUUGGAGCCAGGAGGAGUGACUUCAGCUAAAAUUGACCAAGAAACUCGUAGAAGUUUGGUUUACUGUAAUGAUGUUGAGAUGCAACUGAAUUCUCCUGAUAAAACUGGAUCGAGACCAGAUAACAAACACGAGAAGUCAUUAGAUACUUUUCAAACUGGAGAUAUCUCGUCAGAAGCUCCAUUCACUGUAGACUCUAUCCCUUUAUCAACAAUCGCAGGAAAUAGAACCAACACUGCAGAGAAUAGUUUUGAUAUUAUUGAAAACUGUAGCAUAUUUGAUGGAACUCCGUUCAAGAAACUCCUUGAUACCCCAUCCCCAUGGAAAUCCCCUUUACUCUUUGGUUCUUUCUUGCAAAGCCCAAAGUUACCUCCAGAAAUUACAUUUGAGGAUAUUGGGUGCUUUAUGAGUCCCGGAGAUAGAAGCUAUGAUGCCAUAGGACUGAUGAAACAUUUAAGUGAACACACAGCUACGGCAUAUGCAGAUGCUUUGGAAGUUUUAGGUAAUGACACACCUGAAACGAUACUCAAGAAGAGACAGAUGAACAAAUCUAUUCAAGGGAAAGAAAAUCAGCUCUGGUCUCACGAUCAACUGGAAAACCGUUCCCAGGUGGAGUGUCGCGCCUUGGACUUCAGUGAUUGUGGGACACCGGGGAAAGCAAAAGUUUCCUCGGCUUCUCCAGGUGGAUACUCGAGUCCAUCAUCUUACCUUCUGAAGAGUUGCAGAUAGAAAAAGGCAAAGGCUGUGUUUGUUGAUAGAGAGCUCUGAAGGGACAUUCAUUCUCCCCUUCAAUUUUUUUUGAUCAUCCAAUAUAUGUAUGUCUUCCCCUUACUUCCAUCUCUUCUUUGUGUAAUUUUUAUUUUUUGUAAUGUGUAGAUCUUUCAACUCUGGACAUAUGAUACAUUUGAUUACAUACUUGUUCUCAAUAAAUUAACUUUUAG